AUGCCGUUCGUGCAGGGCCUCGUCCUGCUAUUCGUUAUCAUCAGGGUUUUCCGAACAGCUCCUGAGACACUUUCUGCUGCCGUCAGGCCUACACCCCGCACACGAGCCGCAGUUCCAUACCCAAUAGCGACUAUUCUUCAGAGACAGAAGCUCACCGCCUGGCCCGCAUCGGCUAGCUCCCGCCCCGACAUCAUCGGUCGUCUUCCACUUCUUUUCGUCUUCGUUUUCCCACAGGCCUUGACCUGCAAUGCCUAUCUUCCUCUCCUUGAGCUUGUCGACACUUUAACUCCACGUUUCUCGAUACCUGGCGAGCUGGACUCGUGUGCAGCCGGCCAAUAUCCGCAAGAAUGUCUACGUCCGCGUCUACCCGAGGAACGUCGGCGGCGACAUGUCCAUCAUGUUCUUCGUCCAGCCCGGCUGCCCUUCGAGGUUUGCCUCCGCAGACGAGCACCGAGUCAAGGGACUGAACGCAGAGACCAUCGCGAGAGUUGUCCUUCCUAUCCCUCCCUGGCUCACGGCUCCGGAUUACUCUCCUUUGCGUGCCCAACUGCCCAUCCUGCCGACCCAUCUCCUUCCAUCUUCUUUAGCCUCAAUCUGUCCAUUUACAACCAGCAGAUCGUCUCUGACGACUGGUCCGACCAGUGGUUCUUCAUGGCCGGCCGCGUCCAUCCCUUUGCGUUGACCUGGGAGAUCGAGCGUCAAGAUGGCCUGGAGGAUGAGCUCGCGGAUGGCGACCACCUUGCCUACACUAUCCCGGCUCUGAUCGUGCGUGAUCAGGGCUAUCAGCCAGUACUGCCUCGGAGCCUCUCUGCGGUCGACCAGUUCCCUCUUUCGUCUCCAAUCGUCAGCUUCACCGGCAAUAUUGUCGGUCCGGGCCACACCCUCCUGCGAAGGGAGUCUGUACCCACGCUGGACGAUGCCCAACUCAAGUGCUGCGGCUUCGUUCACCUGACCACUUUUCUUGCCCCUGGUAAUCCUGACAAGACGCCGUACAGAGGCUUCCAUCCCUUCCAGGUCUUUGUCAUCUUCCCGAUCCGCGCGAAUCCGUGGGCCACGCUUUGCAAGAAGAUGGCCGAGAGGCGAGACACCCAGUUCCAGAGCAAUGUUUUGCUGACCUGCACCGGCAAGGUGGCCGGCCUGCUUGGCCAUCAUCUCAUGGUGCAGCCACCGGGCCUUGCACAGGAUUACGUCUUCAUCGUCGUUCCGGACUCCUGGACUUUUCUCGACAGAGGAGUCUCCGUAUCUGCCUCACCCAUGCCAUCACCGACCGCUGCGGCAUCAGCCCCUCCUUCAUCAUCACCUGACCGCACGCCGUUCGAGGAGAUCAGGGCGAGUUUCACCUCGCGCAGGCCCACCGCACUGCCAACUCCUCUUCCCAGGGAGACUUCGAUUCCAGCCUUCACUCCAGGAGAAUCGAUGCCAUCUAUCGCUUCUACCCCUACAUCGUCUACACAAUACCACUACCUAUCUACCUCACCAACACCGAAGCGACCAGCUCCCGGUGUCGACCAUACACUGCCUACUAAGAGGUCGCGCCUAGCCCCGUCGUCCCCGAUUAUAAUCCCUUCCUCAGCAUCUCCUAUCGGCAGCUUGAGCUCCCAGGAGACUAUUGACGAGUCCCAAACAGGCCGUGCCGGGAAUCAGCAGCCCGUCUCAUCCUUCAUGAAACACAUCGCACAGGCAACUCAUCCACCUGCACCCGCGCCUGCACCCCCACCCGUACUGGACACGAUCACGGCCUCUACGUCGUCGGAAUCCUCGAACCGUCCCCAUCGAAGCCGCAACCCACCGAAGAAGUAG